GAAUUUUCCUUUGUAUCGCGCGCCAAGUAAAAACAAAAGGUAAUUUCCGCACGAGAGGCUUUGGGAGCAGAAUGGUCAAAGUCCCAGGGUCAAAGUCAAUAAACAGGUGUAGUCUUAAGAUGAAGGACCCAAUCGGCACCUGCUCUUACAACCAACUCUAUCAAAAUUUGAAACAGUUUUCCAAAAAUGGGGAUUACUUCUUCAAAGAACUCAUAACGGUUUUCCAGCAAAGAGCCGAGCUGGAGCUCACUUACUCCAAAGGCCUGCAGAAACUGGCGGGCAAACUGAUCAGAGCCUGUCAAGGAAUGUCAAGAAAUUCCACCUACAGGGCCUGGUGUCAUGUGUCGGAUGAGAUGUACUCAAGAGCGGACGCCCACAGAUCAUUAGGAACCACAUUUAAUCAAGAGGCUAUUGUGGAAAUCCGACAAGUCUUAGACGAGCAUAGCAGGAGGAAGAGGCCACUGGACAGUGCCAUUGAACGAAAUGGAAAACUCUUCACUGCUAAUUGGAACGAGCAACUUAAGCUGAAAAAGAAGUUGUCUGGGCUCACAAGAGAACACGAAGCAUUGUUCAACUACGUGGAAAACAACAAGCACAUCAGCACUGAAAAAGAAAAACAAAAGAUGUUACACAGGUUGACUAAGUCUGCAGAGCAGCAGGCGCGGGUGGAUGAGGAGUACUUCAACAUCAACAUGGAGGGUCACCAGAUGAGACUCAAGUGGGAAAACACACUGAAAAGCUGCUAUCAGAUCACACAGGAGCUGGAGAAACAACGACUUGAAGUUUUGUGCAACCUUUUGAGCAGAUACAAACUCCACAUGUCCAGCUUUGGCCAAACUCUUAAACACGGACAAAAACAGAUCGAGCAGGCGGUCCAGAGGGUGGACAUGGAAAAAGACGUGCAAACCCUGAUUGAUGAAAACAAAGCUGCAGUUGAUGAUAAUAAAGUAGAGUUUUUGAUGACCGAUUAUCUUGAAGAAGACAGCAAAUCCCUGAUGAGCAAAGACAGAAGACAACAAUCCAUCAGGGUGAAACUCCAGCGUCUAGAGGACAAUGUUGCAAAAACAAAGAAAGACUGUGAAGGAAUAGAAAAACUGAUGAAAACCUACGCUGAAAAUCCAUCGUUUUCAAACCAAAAGAACCUUGAGGAAACCGAAGAGCUGCAUGAUGAGUGUACUCUAAAACUGGAUCUUCUGGAGGCCACUCAUUACAAACUGUACUCAGCGAUCUCUGAAUGCGAAAGGCAGUCCUAUCAACGCCUCAGCCGGAACAUUUUUAAAUGGAAAGAUAAGGACUGUGAACACAGCGUUGUCCAGGUAACCCGUCCAGUCAAACUCCGGAGGACACCAUUCAGAUCCCGACAGUCACUGAGAGCAUCCAUCAUUUAUAAAGGACCAGUUCAGAUUCUAACACAACCAGCCAUGGAGCCCACACCGGCAGCUGCAGAUCUCAUCACUCCCUCUACUGCAUCUGAGGAAAAAGUAGAAAUUGGCAGCAGCGAUACUGGAGCGCAGUCUCACACAGCAGAUCAGACUGCAGCAGAGCCUUGCUGCGUAGGAAAAUGCAAGGCCUUGUACAACUUCACAGCCGAACACAAUGGUGAACUGGCUUUAAAAGAAGGUGAUCUUGUGGAUGUUUAUACCAAAGGAGAGACUGGUUGGUGGUUUGGCGUUCUUAAUGGACAAAAAGGUCAUUUCCCAUCAACGUAUGUUGAAGACCUGCCAGUGCUAAGCUGCAUCAAAUCAUCUGAUGCCUGAAAGGAUGAAGAGGAAAAACAAAACAUCAACAUUUACAGAGAAGAUCAGAUGCAGACAACAUUUAACAGUUUAUGACAUCAAUAAUGGCAAAAGGCUGAAAAUGUUCUUUAUUUAAAAAACGAACACUGACAAAAACAAAAUACAUGCAAAGACAAGAAUUCAAAAUGAUGACCUUAAAGAAGGCAAAUUCCUGCAAUUCAUGUAAUAUUCUUUGCCCACAGUCCAUAAAAUAGUGAAAACUUCCCAGCGUCCUGUCUCAGGACCGUGCCUUGGAGAUAAACUCCUUCCUGACAUUUGCCAGGAAUGCUGGUAGAUUAUUGGUCUCCUGAAGCCGGAGUUCCAAAACAGGCAAACAGUCGAGCACCGGGUCACUGGACACAACUGUAAGAACAACACUUGGUGAAUAUAGAACCCAUUUACACAGGUUGUUUGAAUUUCUGUAUUGAAAUCAACUAAUACAAUAAACAACACGUAAUCUGGA